UUUCUUUUGCGUUGAAUUUUUUAGUUGCGGUUUGUUGUGAUUGCUUUUUACACGCUUCACUCUGCGAAUUUGCAUUAAAGGGGCGGCAGCGCACUUCCUGGAGUGUUAAAGGAUAAAAGGAUUUGGCUUAAUCCAACGUGAUCGCCAUCAGCCAACCCAAGAAGUAGAGAGGAAAAUACAUAUCCCGAACACACUCCCACUUUCACUCCCAGUCCGAAUCCUCCACGAUGAGAUUCCAACAGCUCAUGCAUGUGCGCAGAUUGGCCAGCGCCGCGGCCACCACCUUGAUGCGGCGACCCACCACUGGAACCACAGCCACCACCACCAUGUUUCCGGUUACCUCACACAUAGCCACCACCGUGCGCACAAUGGCGGGCAGCGGGGCACCGAUUCCAGAGCUUACCCAGAUCACAGACAAUGUGCAGAGGGGCAACUAUGCCACACUGACCGACAAGGAUGUGGCACAUUUUGAACAGCUUUUGGGCAAGAACCAUGUCCUCACCGAGGAUCUGGAGGGAUACAACAUAUGCUUUCUGAAGAGAAUUCGAGGCAACAGCAAGCUGGUCCUGAAGCCGGCCAACACGGCGGAGGUGGCUGCUGUGCUCCAGUACUGCAACGAGCGCCGCCUGGCCGUGGUGCCGCAGGGCGGAAACACGGGUCUGGUGGGCGGAUCGGUGCCCAUCUGUGACGAGAUUGUGCUUUCUUUGGCUCGCCUUAACAAGGUGAUAUCCGUGGACGAGGUGACGGGCAUUGCAGUCGUCGAGGCUGGCUGCAUCCUGGAGAACUUCGAUCAGAAGGCUAGGGAUGUGGGCCUGACGGUGCCAUUGGAUUUGGGCGCCAAGGCCAGCUGCCAUAUUGGCGGCAAUGUGUCCACCAAUGCCGGCGGUGUCCGGGUGGUGCGCUACGGCAACCUGCAUGGCUCUGUCCUAGGCGUAGAGGCGGUGCUGGCCACCGGCCAGGUCCUGGACCUGAUGUCCAAUUUCAAGAAGGACAACACGGGCUACCACAUGAAGCACCUGUUCAUUGGAUCCGAGGGCACACUGGGUGUGGUCACCAAGCUCUCCAUGCUCUGUCCCCACUCCUCGCGAGCCGUCAACGUGGCAUUCAUUGGCCUGAACUCCUUCGACGAUGUGCUAAAGACCUUUGUCAGUGCCAAGCGGAAUCUGGGCGAGAUUCUCAGCUCCUGCGAGCUGAUCGAUGAGCGGGCAUUAAACACGGCCCUUCAGCAGUUCAAAUUCCUCAACUCACCCAUUUCCGGCUAUCCCUUCUACAUGCUGAUCGAGACCUCGGGCAGCAAUGGCGAUCACGACGAGGAGAAGAUCAACCAGUUCAUUGGCGACGGCAUGGAGCGCGGCGAGAUCCAGGACGGCACUGUGACCGGGGACCCUGGCAAGGUUCAGGAGAUCUGGAAAAUCCGCGAAAUGGUGCCGCUGGGCCUGAUCGAGAAGAGUUUUUGCUUCAAGUACGACAUCUCGCUGCCGCUGCGCGAUUUCUACAACAUUGUGGACGUGAUGCGGGAACGCUGUGGUCCAUAUGCCACCGUGGUCUGCGGAUAUGGCCACCUGGGUGACUCCAAUCUGCAUCUGAACGUUUCCUGCGAGGAGUUCAACGACGAGAUCUACAAGCGCGUGGAGCCGUUCGUCUACGAGUACACCUCCAAGCUGAAGGGCAGCAUCAGCGCCGAGCACGGCAUUGGGUUUUUGAAGAAGGACUACCUGCACUACUCCAAGGACCCGGUGGCCAUUGGCUACAUGCGCGAGAUGAAGCGGCUCCUCGACCCCAACGGCAUCCUCAAUCCCUACAAGGUGCUCAACUGAUAGGUUUAAGCUUUAAAGUUGUGUGUAUUUUUUUUGUCUAUAAUAAAUUGCUUAAAAUUA